AUGAGUAAAAAAGCCAAGUCCCAAGCAUCGAGCAGCAGGGCUGCGUCUGGGGCAUUUGCGAGCUCUGUGGGCGCAUUUGGAGGAUUCUCAAACAAUUUUGCAUCCCAAGGAAGCUUAUUUUUCUCUUUGUCAUACGUCGCGGAGCCGCCAGAUCUUUCUAAAAUAUCUCAGUCGCAAGUGGUAGUUUCAUUCAAAAAUCUUCUGAAGAGGGAUACUACCACAAAGACGAAGGCGCUGGAGGAAUUACAUGAAUUCCUACGUGCGCAAGGUACUGAGAGUGGUAGUUUAGAAGAUGGUCUCAUAGAAGCUUGGAUGAAAAUAUAUCCACGUAUGUCAAUAGAUAUUUCUCGCAGGGUUCGACAACUAGCCCAUAUCCUUCAAGGUUGCAUUGUGUCGUUAUCGGGGAGGAGGAUAGCUCCUUAUAUCCCAAAGGUAGUUGGUGCAUGGCUUGCCGGUCUCUACGACAGUGAUAAAUUGGCAUCCAAAGCGGCUCAAGAGUCCAUCGUUAGAGCCUUCCCAACUGAAGAAAAAAGGCAAAGCCUGUGGAAGAUCUACCAAUCUUCAAUUUUCGCGUUUGUUAUAGAUGCCGUUCUCGAACAAACCCCUCAGACUCUGAGUGAUGAGCGAACAGUUAGACCCGAUGAGGCCGAAGCAAAGCAUGCCCGAGUCGUCGCCACAGCUUUACGUGUGCUCAACCAACUAUUAGCUAGAUCUACUUCCGUUCAACUUGAAAAGGACUCCGGUUCCAUAACAACUCUUAUUGGCAGCAAAUCGCUUUGGCUGUUCUCAUGCCAUGAAGAUCCUUUUGUCCGCCGAUCUAUAUACGAGCUUCUCCAUACUUUGCUUUCUAUGGAGAGAAAUUUAAUCGAUUGGAAAACAAUCAGCACUUGUUUUCUCUCGAAAGCACUCCCGAAAAGUCAACUAGGGUCUGCCUUUGACUUCUCCAAUGUCCUGUUAAGCUUGACCACGGAACACUCGCAGAUAUGGACAGCUGACUAUUCUGGCAAAACCUCCGCUGUAAAACGACUUUAUCAGUAUAUUAGAAAGGGAUCAGAAGGGGCUGAUGUUGCUUAUUGGCAAAACCUACAUCUUAUUUUAAAGUCUAUCCCCUCUGAAGUCUUAAUAACGAAGCCUGUGAGUGACGAUAGCACGGUGCAAGAUGCAACCCGUUUAGUAGAAGCUAUCCACGACUCUAUUCUAGGUCGUGAAGAACAAAGAGGUAAUCUUGGUGCUGCCUGGUCAUGCUUUAUCGACACAACUUUGUGGAUGUCAUCCUUUAUCUCGAAUAAAACAACUCGCCACAGAUUCCUUCAAACUCAGAUUUCACCUCUUUUGGAACAGUACAUAAUUGCUCAGCCUGAUAAAAGCCAAUGGACACUGCAAGGGAAAUUUGGUCCGGAUUUAUGUGUAAAGUCGUUUGAUGCGCUGGCUGAACAAACUGGCACGGAAGUUCUUCGCGAUCUCUGGAUAAAUAUCUCCGAGAGAGUAAUCCAAGCUAUCAAAUUAUCCUCUCCUGAAAGGUCUAGCGGGUUCAAAGAGUCCCAAGAUUCAAUCUGUGCUCAAGCAAUUCGCUUUUUUGAUCUGGAAGCACAGGUGUUAGCUCGGGUAUCCGACCGCGCCCAUCUAUCAUUCAUCUCGAACAUUUUCGAAGACACAACCAUGCCAUUGCUACAAGCUUCGUUGGAGCUUUUGAGGUAUCGAAAUGGAAAACCAUACGGUGCCGCUGCGAUGAUUGAUGAAGCCAUUGCCAGAGUCCCUCAAAUAGCCACUCAAGUUGAAGAACUGGGAGCGUUUCUCAGCGAAGAUGUCCCCAAACUUUUGUUUUCGCCCUCAGCGAAUCGCCUUGUUUCCACCUUAUUUGGGUGUCGUGGCAAACAAGGGUUUGACGAUGGCAUCAAAAAUGUCAUUGAGACGUUCCUCGAGGCAGAUCUUGGAAAUUCAACGUUCCCUGGACUCCAAAAACUAUUCUCCUGCAUUACUCUCCCAGAUGCUGAAGCACACCCAAAUAUGGAACUCUUAAUCAUGAAAGAUUUAAACAGAGCAUUGAAUACUACGCGAGAAGCCUGGAUGGACAUUAUUAUUUUGACGAAUAACCGAGCCCUACAAAGUGGAAUCGCUUAUCGGAUUUUAAAUUCACUCAUUGAUAGUCUGUCUUCCGAUAGCAAUAUUCGGGAAGGCCUUUAUGGCCUCUUUCAGAUAUCCUUGGAGAGUCCAGAGGUUAUUGGAUCGUUUGUAAACAGUCAAGAUGGCUUGCGACUGGUCUCUAGGAUAUUGUAUAUCGCAGAGUCCUCAACGGACGAAGUUUCUAAACUUGCCGACUCCCUACAGAAACAUAUCAAGGAUAUAAUAAACGGAGAGAGUAGCACCCGGUCGUCUGUCGAAAUUGUCCAGCAGAAUUUUAGUAACGUGGGGAAAGAAUCGUUGUCCAUUGACGCCUUGGUUAGUAUUGCGGAGGAGGUCCUUUCGAAGACGCCUAUAGAAGACAAGCCGCGAAUAUUGUCCCGUUUAUUGCCCACUCGAGAUCAAUGGAAUCAAGCGUUGGAUCCAUUCCUUCGAAAACCCUUGAGGACGUCUGCGUCUAUAAUCAAUGCGCUUGCAGGGGCAGUAUUUUUGGCGAAUAAAUAUUUGCCUCGCGGCCUUUUAGAUGAACUUAAUUCGGUUCCUUUUGACGUCUACCACUUCUCUUCUGCUUUCCGACUUACAUUCUACGUUACAAAAGUACUUUCAUCAACCAGUGUGGAGUAUGUGGAGCAAGGCCUCCGCGAAGUAUUGUUUUUCUAUUUUCCUCUUGCGGUCCAAUUAGUUGAUGAUGACGUGAGCUUGGAGGGUUCAAAGGGCUUACUUGACCUUGAUGUAUCAGACAUUCGGGAUGAAUGUGCAGAUCUAGUUUCAGAAGCUCGCCUUAUAGUUAAGGACUGGAUUCAGUCUGCAACGUUUACGAUGGACCAGGAGGAAUCCAGUGCACCAAAUAUUUUUGUUCUCUGGGAACAGAAGUUCAAAUUGCUGCAAGGCGAUUCCCCAAAAUCAUACAACCUAGCGGAAACAUUCGCCAAAGUUAUCACGGAAAGUGACUCAUUAAAAACGGUCCAAUCUGCCGAAUCUUAUCUCCAACUGGCAAAACAAACGGACGGAUCUUCAAACCCAUUUGUUUUGCCUUCAGUGGUAGCCGCGUUCAAAAAUUCCAUAGCAACCACUCCAUCGGGUAUUCGAUUGUGCAAUGAAUUAAUUUCUGAAGUCACUGGGUUUAAACUUGAGAAUCCACUUGAAGGUCUUCGAAAAAUCGUAACCCUCAACCUUCUCCUUCAAGAAGAAAAUAAUAUUUCACGGAACGUCCCGAAACCCAGGCUUGUGUUUCUGGUACAACACUUGGUCAAUUACUUGGACUCAGAACCCCGAUUACAAAGUCUGGAUUCGGAAAUACUCAAAUUGCUUGUUAAUAUUUUGCCGUUGAUAAAGGAUAUAUACGGCUCUCACUGGUCGAGUAUACUUGAAUUUCUACGGGUUGUGUGGAACGAGAUUGAAAUAGUCGACGAAUCCCUUCCUGUUUUACACUCUUCGCUAAGGCUUUUUGCCUGCUUAAAGUUGCUGGCGACAAGCAAAAGCAACGAUGAAUUGGUAGAUGCUUGGAUCGCCUCUUUGAAAACUCAUUCACCAGCAUUAAUCAAUUUGCUCGCGGAGUUUGAUUCCUCGUUGAACUACGAUCAGCCCCUCAACAUUACGGCAAAUAUCCUUUCUCGACAAAUCUCAGGUUUACCCAUCGACCAUGUCGAAGACAUUAACAACCUUUUCCCCAUUCUCUCGGCUCCUAAUAGAAGCAUCCAACAUGCUGCCUACGAUAUUCUACAUCGGGCGAUCCCGAAAUUGCAGGAGGCUGUGAUCUUGAACGUUGCAUUGUCUCAUUCUGUCGCCAGUCUCCCGGAUGAAUUGAUUUCCCUCCUCUUGGAGGCCCCUACAAUGGAUGUUAUAAGUGGGAUAAUAGUCAAUGACAAUGUAUGGAUUGGGCUUCGAUGUUACCUGUUAAGCUGGAAGACUGUUUUCGAUUAUUUAAAUAACGCCUCGUCAUCCGUCCGAGAGAACUACGUGGCUAAUAUUAAAGAAAACGACUGUCUGAACCCGCUUCUCGAAUUUAUGUUUGAUUUCCUGCAGCAUCCGCAUGGAAAGAUGGUUGACGCAUCGAAACUUGAUGUUCGGUCUUUUAGCCUUGACGAACCUGAGCCAGCUCAGAGGGAAACGCAGUACCUGCUUAUACACCUGUACUACUUAUGUCUGAAGUAUCUACCUAAUUUAACAAAAGCUUGGUGGAUUGACAGCAAAAAGCGCGUCAAAGGACAGGUUGAGGCAUGGACAGAAAAACAUAUAUCGCCCCUUGUUAUUGAGGAUUCGCUCCUUGGCGUCAGCGAUUGGGUUUCGACCCAAGACUUUACGACUGAGGAGCAACCGCUCCAGGUGAAAGUUUCUCAUAGAACUGCCGAAAUCGUCGCAAGCAUUGACGUGGAAGAAGAUUCUCCCCCAACUUCGAUUGCAAUUUCUCUUCCGCCUGCAUACCCGUUACAACAAGCUGUUGUGGAAGGCCGGCACCGUGUAGCGGUCGACGAAAGGAAAUGGAGGAGCUGGCUUCUAACGAUCCAAGGCGUUAUCAUGUUCUCCAACGGCAGUCUUAUCGAUGGCCUUCUUGCAUUCCGCAAGAAUGUCCAAGGUGCACUGAAGGGUCAGAGCGAAUGUGCGAUCUGUUAUUCGGUCAUCUCAGCCAACAUGCAGACGCCGAAUAAGAGGUGUGCAACAUGCAAGAAUACUUUCCAUUCCGAUUGUUUGUUCCGUUGGUUUAAGAGCAGCAAUGCAAGCAGCUGUCCCCUUUGCCGGAAUAACUUUCCUUACUCAUGA